AUGUCGGAAUCGGAUCUUCUAGCAAAAGGCGACUUAAUUAAAUCAAGAUGGCUUAUAACACAUAAAAUAGGUGGUGGUGGUUUCGGACAAAUCUAUGAGGCAUACGAUAAAUUACGUCGAGAAUUUAUUGCUGUUAAAGUUGAAUCGAAUUCUCAAACACGACAAGGCAUUCGUAUGGAAGUAACAGUUCUACGACGUGUACAAAAUCGUAAACAUGUAUGCGAAUUAUUAUCUGCUGGCACAUCAACGUUAUAUAAUUAUAUGUUGAUAACAUUACUUGGCUCAAGUCUUAGUGAAUUACGAAGAAAUUUAUCGCAACAAUGUUUUACAUUAUCAACUUCACUACGCAUUAGUUUACAAAUUUUACAGGCUAUAGAAUCAAUUCAUUCAAUUGGUUUUCUACAUCGUGAUAUAAAACCAUCAAAUUUUGCUAUCGGAAGAAAAAAUUUACGACAAAUAUUUAUUAUUGAUUUUGGUCUUGCCAGAAAAUAUAUAGAUUGUGAUCAAAAUCUUCGACCUGCUCGAGUUGAAGCAGGUUUUCGUGGUACUAUUCGAUAUGCAUCGGUUAAUGCACACAAUAAUCGAGAGCUAGGUCGACAUGAUGAUUUAUGGAGUUUUUUUUAUAUGUUAAUUGAAUUUCUUAUUGGUUCUCUACCAUGGUCGAAAAUAAAAGAUAAAGAAAGUGUCGGACAUAUAAAGGAAACAUAUGAUCAUAAUCGUUUUCUAUCAUAUUUACCGAAUGAUAUCGAUAGAUUUCUUGAACAUCUCAAAGAAUUACAUUAUGAAGACAAACCUGAUUAUGAAUUUAUUAGAUCAUUAUUUUUGUUAUCUAUUCAACGAUUAGGUUAUCAUGAUGAUGAUCCAUAUGAUUGGGAAACAUCAUUUGAACAAAAUGAAAUCAGCUCAUUGGUUAAAAAUGAACAACAACAACAACAACAACAAAAGAAUUCUUCGUUGGAGAUUGAACGAAAGACAAUGUCAGAAAACAGUAUUAAUAUUAAACGAAAUCAAUCUCGACCGACCUUGCCUCAUCCGAACGAGCAAAUAAAUCAUGAUAAACAUCCUGUUGGUGUGAAUUUAUCAUCUAAAUACCAGGUAUACAAUCGUAAAUUGAUUAAAUCAUCUAGCCGAACAGAUUAUCUUGGGAAACAAACUAAUAGUACUCAUAAUCUCCCAUUACCACAGUCACAUUUUAUUCUCAAUGAAUCACAACGAAAUUCCUAUGAGUUCGAUUCUAUUGGUAUAGGUGAUCACCGAAAAUUGAAUCAUGGAAAACUUUUGUCUCAAAUUGAAUGUCGAUCACCAAAUCAAUCUAUACAACGAAAUAUUCGUUUGAGUGUAAUCGAGCGAGAUCCACCUGCUACUAAUGGUCUAUUAAAAUAUAUAUCUCAACAAUUUUCGAAUGCUGCUGCAUCUGGUACACCAAGUUUAUUCUCACAAUGGUCUCGGCAUCAUGCAGAAACAUUCACCGAUGAUAUGUUACAAGGAAACAAAAGUUAUAGUAGUAAAGCUGAUGGACAACGUUAUAUUACGUUUUGUGGUGAACGUACGCCAUCGAGUCGACUAAAUUACUUCAAUACAUCAAUAGUAAAAAAUAAAUCAUCCGAACGAAAACUUUAUUUGACUAUUUCGGAAAAUAUUUCUGAUGAUGAAAACAAUAAUAAGAAUAUUAGUAAUGAAAAAUAUUAUUUGACAUCAAAUACUUCUUGUUUAAUGAAGAAAAGCCUGGAAAUACCAUUUGGAACAUACGUAAAAAACUGCUCAGAAAAUAUAAAUUAUAACCAUUACAAUAGUCGAAGGCAACGAAUACCAUCAUUGUUUCAUUUACAACGAAUUUCAACGAGCACAUGGGACUAUUUUUAA